AUGUUCUCCUUCGAGGAGGACGCUAUCGGACCUGGAGCUACGCUGAAAGGAGAGAAGAAUGGCCGAGAACAGCUGCUGGGACUCGCCACGCAAGCGUCCGCCCGCGUAGACCCACAGACACGCUACUCGGAAGAAGAAGACGACGACGAGGAAGAGAAGAAACUUGAGCAGCUAGUGAACGAGAGCAAGCACAGAGGAGUCACGAGCGACAUGAACAACACGCUGAACGCUUUACUGGACAAGAGCGUCAAGGUCGGAGCCAAGCGCAAGAGAAACCACAUGAGUGGCCUCAUGCCGAACGACAUAACCGGGCGAGAAUUCCUCCUUCGACUACGAGAAGUGGAGAUAACGGGCAAAGUGAUCGAUCUGGCCUUCCUGGACGGCUACUUAGAGCCCACGUUGAUGGUGUUGCACGAGGAGAACGACAAGAACUCGACGUGUGGACGGCUAGCUGUGGGCUUUGACACGUACUACUUGACUGUCAUCUCCAUCAACAUGAAGACGAGACUUCAUCCGAAGAUCUGGACCGUCAAGAACCUCCCGUCCGACUGUUUCCGAUUGAUCCCGUGUCGUGCACCGCUUGGUGGAGUCGUGGUCUUGUCGGCCAAUGCGAUCCUGUACUUUAACCAGACGCAGUUCCAUGGCUUAGCGACGAAUGUGUUUGCGAGCAAGACAGUGAACCAGUCAGUGUUCCCUCUCAGCGACGCCGUGUACGAGACUCCCGAGCACGAGACGGCGCAGCUGAAUGUGGUGUUGUACGACUGCCAGUUUGAGUAUCUGCAAGAUAAGGAGCUGUUGUUGACGAUGCCUUGUGGACAAGUGUACGUGCUGUCGCUGCCCUAUGAAGACACAUCGAGUCGUGGACUGUAUGGCUUCGGUGGAGUAUCGUCAGGUCGCAAUGCGUCGCUAUCGCUACGAAUGCUUCGGUCUAGUAUUCAGGCAAGCUGUGUGUGUAUCGAUGACGAGAAGCAGACGUUGUUUAUCGGCUCACGGUCAGGCGAUUCUGUGCUUUUUGCGCUGGACAAGAAGAAGUUGGUCACUGCCACGGAGGAAGAGCAAAAAGACGAGGAAAUGCCGAUCAAAGAGGUGGUAAUAAAGCAGGAAUCUGCCCCGGAGAUCAAGUCGGAGCCAGCUGAGGAGGAAGAGGAAGACGAAGAUGAUUUGUUCCUGUAUGGUGCAGCUCCUACGAAGGAAGAGCCUGCAGCUACGAGCUCUACUGAGUGUACUAACGGCGUGGGUGUAUCGAGUGUGAAGACAGAGGAGAAUGGCGCGCCUGAGCAAGACACUGGCCCGUACGACUACGAGCUGCGACAGAUUGAUGUGCUACCCAGUAUCGGACAGAUCACCUCGAUUGAGUUAGGCGUUGAGAACAACGCAGACUCGAAUGAAAAGCGCGAGGAGCUGGUGAUCAGCGGAGGAUAUGAACGUAGCGGCGCCAUCUCCGUGUUGCACAAUGGCCUGCGACCAAUUGUAGGCACCGAAGCAGAGCUGAAUGGCUGUCGAGCCAUGUGGACAGUGUCGUCGUCUUUACCGUCAGCAACCAGAAGCUCGGAUGGACGGAGUUAUAAUGCGUAUCUGAUACUGAGUGUUGCUCAUCGUACGAUGGUGCUGCGCACUGGCGAAGGUAUGGAGCCUUUAGAGGACGACAGUGGCUUUUACACGUCUGGGCCUACGCUUGCGGCGGCGAAUCUGUUCAACAAGCAGCGCAUUGUUCAGAUAUUUAAACAAGGCGCACGUGUGAUGAUGGAAGUACCGGAAGAGGAGACAUCCAAUGGACAAGAGAAGUCUGGAAAGGCAGAAGGUGCAGAGGACGAAGAGGAAGACGACGAGGAUGACGGACCCAGAGUCAAGUUGGUGUGUACACAAGAGAUCACGUUGGAGGGCGACGUCGAGUGUGGAGGCAUGAACGUGGACACUUCUAGCGUCGGAAUCGUGUCGGUGGAUGUGGUGGAUCCGUAUAUUCUUCUACUGUUGACUGACGUCUCCGUUCGUCUGCUGAUGGGAGACGAAGAAGACUUGGAGCUGUCGGUGAUUGACCCGGAAAUCGACUACGCGGAAGGCAUUUCUGAGGCCAAUGGAAGUGCCGAUAUGUCCAAGCACGGCAGCAGUUCUGCGUGUCUCUUCUACGAUUGGGCUGAGGACGACGAUGAUAUGGACGCGUUGUACAGCAGCAAACCGAGCCCCAAGGUGGCCACGAUGAACGCUACCAAGUCGAUGCCAAGCACAGCUACACCGAGGAAUGAGGACGGGUCUGUGUCGAUCCCGUUAUUGCAGCAAAAAGACGCCAAGAUGAUGUGUAGCAUGUGCUUUGGAGAUGGCUCUCUGCAUGUGUUUUCUCUCCCUGACUUUAAGAAGCGAGGCGUGUUCCCCUACCUCACGUUUGCCCCGCAGUCUUUGGUGAACACACUGGAACACUACCAAGUGGGCAGGAACAAGACAGUCAAGUUGUCAGCCCCCGCUCUUGGGCUCAAUGCGUCGACGUCGUCAGCAAACGACGGUCGCAUCAAGAAGUCGCACACGAUCAACUCGCCAGUAGCAGACAUCGUCAUUCAUCGUGUGGGGCCUAGUGAAGGGCAGCACAACGCGCAGUAUCUCUCUCGCAUGGUGAUGCUGGUGUUUCUUGCCAAUGGCGACUUGCUCAUGUACUCGGCUGCACCAAAGUUCGAGAGUUUAAAGCCUCGAGCCAACGGAGAAAUCGCCCCCGUCUUCCAUUUCGUACGCGUGGGGACUGAGCUGAUCACGCGGCCAUUCCUGCCCCCCAAGGCGCGUACGAAUGCGCACAAUGAAGCUGGCAAUAACCCGGAAGUCAACACCAGCGCAGUGCUAGCGAAACUUCGCGCCGGCUUCCGGUAUCCCAUGCUGACGUGCUUCUACAACGUCAACAAUAUGAGCGGCGCGUUCUUCCGAGGAGCUCACCCGAUGUGGAUUCUGGGAGACCGUGGCCACGCGUCCUUCGUCCCCAUGUGCGUCCCUAGCUCCGCUCCGCCUAAGGCGAAUGGCACGUCCAAGAAUGCCGCGCCUCGAGUGAGUGUGCCAGUGCUGAGUUUCACGCCGUUCCACCAUUGGAGCUGUCCGAAUGGCUUCAUCUACUUCCACUCCCGCGGUGCGCUGCGAGUGUGCGAGCUUCCGUCCAGUAAAACGUCGACGAUCCUGCCUUCCAGCGGCGGGUUUGUGCUCCAAAAGGCGGAGUUUGGAGCUACGCUACACCACAUGCUGUACUUGGGCAGCCACGGUCCCGGAGGUGUGGCAGAAGCGCUUGAAGCGCCGACGUAUGCUGUCGUUUGCAGCGCCAGACUGAAGCCAGCCGACGCAGAUCGAGCCACGGAAGUGGAAGGCGCAGAGGAGGAGCUGGAACCGGAGAACUUGGACCCGAACGGGAACCCUCUCGGCAGUAACGUGAUGGCGCCGACCGCCGAAAUGUUCGCGGACUACGAGACCGACCACAUGGCGCACACUGAAGAAGACGUGUACGAGUUGCGCUUGGUACAGACGGACGAGUUCGGCGAGUGGGGACGUCGUGGAGUGUUUCGUGUCCACUUUGAGCGCUACGAGGUGGUGCUCAGUGUGAAGCUCAUGUAUCUGUACGACUCGUCUCUGAUGAAGGAGGAAGUGGCGUCGACGUCUCCGGAGUGGAACAAGAAGAAGCGUCCGUACUUGGUGGUUGGCACGGGCUGGGUGGGUCCCCAUGGCGAGGAUGAAAGCGGUCGUGGUCGCCUGCUGCUGUACGAACUUGACUACGCGCAGUACGUAAACGAGGAAGGCGGCGCGACAAGUGGGAAGCUGCCCAAGCUGCGACUGGUAUUCAUCAAGGAGCACAGACAGGGAGCCAUCUCCAUGGUCUCGCAGCUCGGCCCGUACGUGUUGGCCGCCGUGGGCUCCAAGCUCAUCGUGUACGAGUUCAAGUCGGAGCAGUUGAUCGGCUGUGCGUUCUACGACGCGCAGAUGUACAUCGUGACACUCAGUGUGGUCAAGGACUUUGUCAUGUACGGAGACGUCUACAAGAGCGUGCAUUUCUUGCGUUGGAGGGAGAUGCAGAGGCAGUUGGUGCUGCUAGCCAAGGACUAUGAACCUCUGGCGGUAUCUGCGACAGAGUUCAGUGUGUUUGAGAAGAAACUGGCGCUGCUAGCGGUGGAUAUGGACGAGAACCUGCACGUGAUGCAGUUCGCCCCGCAGGAUAUCGAGUCUCGCGGUGGCCAGCGUCUGCUGCGCGUGAGCGACUUCCACUUGGGUGUCCAAGUCUCGAGUAUGUUCCGGAAGCGGGUGGAUGCGUCUGGAUCGGUGGUGUCGGCUACAAACGGACGCAAUGCAGCGCCUCUGUCCAACUACGUGAACGUCAUGGGCACGUCGGAGGGAGGCGUCGGCGCUCUGGUUCCUGUCGGCGAGCGCGUCUUCCGUCGUCUCUUCACGUUGCAGAACGUUAUGGUGAACACGUUGCCUCAGAACUGUGCGCUGAACCCACGGGAAUUCCGCAUACUCAAGACCAACGCGCAGCGACGAUGUGGCAGACCGGACGCUUGGAGCAAGAAGAAGUGGAAGAAGAGCUUCCUGGACGCCUUCGUGCUGUUCCGGUUCCUGCAACUGGACUAUGUGGCGCAGAAGGAGCUUGCACGCUGUAUCGGUACGACGCCCGAGGUGGCUAUGCACAACUUGCUCGAGGUGCAGCACGCCACGUCGACGUUUCUCUAGAAAGAUCCAGCUCGCUGCAUCGGUACAGUAGUCGAUAACCUGCUGGAAGUGCAGCAGCCCACUCCGACGUUUUCAAAACCAUAAGAAGUGAAUUUUGUCAUGCCUUAAAAUGAACGGUAGCACUUGAACAC